UCUCCGGCAACAUUUUGUAACUUAUGGUAAUUAAUCCCUCGGUUUGUUCUUUCUCCUCCUCCGAAAACGAAAUCUUUCUUUUACUAAAUAAAUAUCCUCUCAUUCGUUGUAUUUUGCUUGUUCAAAGGAGAUUUUAAGACUUCUCCAGAUUCAAAUUUCUCGCAUCGUGCUCAAUCCAUCUGAAUAAAUAACUUUCAUAUUAUGGAAGCAGUACUCAAAGGGCGGGCUAUGUGCCCAUUUCUUCAAAAGACCUCCCCGGCAACUCUACGAUCCCUCUCUACAUCCGCUCGUCCUCAUGCCUCUCCAUGCGGCGGAAGUAUGUCGAAUCUGCAGACCAUUGCAGGUCGUUGUCCAGUAAUGGGCAAAGCUCUCGCUGUCCAGACUGCAAAGGCCGGAAAGGCCGGGUUUGGUGGCGUUGCUGCCACGAGGGCCAUUCGAGCCUUUUCCGGUAAAGUUAGCACCGGAAAAGCAAAGCUUCAUACCAGCAGAUCGCAUGAAGCAAGGGCUGUCGAAGACACUGUGUUCGGCCGUGAAAGUGGUAUGUAUUUCUUUUGAAUUCACCCCAUUAUUCAAGUCGAGUCACAUUCUCACGGAAGGUGAACAGUGCCAUUUCAACAUAUCAAGCAAACGCGUCAGCCAAACCAAGCUACUCGCCAUGAACAAUCUAAAGGCGCCAAGUUCGAUUAUGAAGGCUUUUACAAUGCGGAAUUGGACAAGAAGCACAAGGAUAAGUCCUACCGCUAUUUCAACAAUAUCAACCGUUUGGCCAAGGAAUUCCCCCGGGCUCACAUGGCCAACAAGAACGAAAAGGUGACGGUAUGGUGCUCUAACGACUAUUUGGGAAUGGGCCGGAACCCGCAAGUCCUAAAGACGAUGCAUGAAACUCUUGAUGAGUAUGGUGCUGGUGCUGGCGGGACCAGAAAUAUAUCGGGUCACAAUCAACAUGCGAUUGGUCUCGAGGCCUCAAUUGCGAAACUUCAUGCCAAAGAUGCUGCGCUUGUUUUCACUUCGUGCUACGUUGCAAACGAUGCGACUCUUGCGACUCUUGGUAGCAAGUUGCCCGAUUGUGUCAUUUUGUCCGAUUCAUUGAACCAUGCAUCCAUGAUUCAGGGUAUUAGACAUUCUGGCGCGAAGAAGAUUGUCUUCAAACACAACGAUUUGGAAGAUUUAGAAGGCAAACUGGCAUCUCUUCCGCGUGAGGUCCCUAAGAUCAUUGCAUUCGAAUCAGUGUACAGCAUGUGCGGCUCAAUUGGCCCAAUCGAAGGAAUUUGUGAUUUAGCCGAGAAAUACGGCGCACUUACCUUUCUCGAUGAAGUCCAUGCUGUAGGCAUGUAUGGACCACACGGCGCUGGUGUCGCAGAACAUCUAGACUAUGAAGCCCAUCUUGCAGGUCGUCCCCAAGGCACCAUCAUGGACCGCGUGGACAUCAUCACUGGGACUUUAGGCAAAGCAUACGGUUGUGUUGGUGGCUAUAUCGCCGGAUCUAAUAAGAUGGUUGACGCCAUCCGAUCUCUCGCUCCUGGUUUCAUUUUCACCACCUCUCUUCCGCCCGCGACCAUGGCCGGCGCACAAACCGCGAUAGAAUAUCAAUCGCAAUACCAAGGUGACCGGCGUCUCCAACAGCUCCAUACCCGAGCUGUCAAAGACUCACUUAGUGAGCGCGACAUACCCGUCAUCCCAAAUCCAUCUCACAUCAUCCCCGUCUUAGUUGGAAACGCGGAACUUGCCAAACGUGCAUCUGAUAUGCUGCUUGACGUCCACGGCAUCUAUGUGCAAUCCAUUAACUAUCCCACUGUUCCAGUUGGUCAGGAGCGUCUUCGUAUCACUCCGACACCAGGCCAUGUUCGCGAGUAUCGUGAGCAUCUUGUUAACGCCAUUGAUUCCGUAUUCACAGAACUUGGCAUUAAACGAACCUCCGAGUGGGCCGCUCAAGGUGGCUUUAUUGGUGUAGGCGAAGCUGGCGGCGAGUUUCCAGAACCUCUUUGGACCGACGAACAGCUUGGUGUUGAUCAAGUUGUUAAGGAGAUGAAGGCCGCCGGUCCGGUGGGUGUUAUGGAGGCGCUUUUGGAGCGGGAGACCAAAGAAAUAGCCAAGGCUCUGGGUGCUGCGGCUCAGUAGUGUUUUCUUUCACGCACUGCACACCUUUCACCUGCAAGAUUUGCGGCGGAAGCGUGAUCGAGAAUUGGAUGGAUAGAUGCUCCUCGGACCCAAAACCACGAUCUUUUUGAGCUUACAAUGAUCUAGACGACAGUUAUGUUGAUGGAAUGGAGAGCUGAUAUCACUGAAAGUUAUGCGCACGUUGGCUAUUUAUAUUGGUAGCGAUAGCUAUUUCUGCGGAAUUGAUUGAAUCUGUGCCGAUCAACUUGGUGCACAUUAUACUGAAGAUCUUAUACAUGUUGAUGUGACCUUGUGAAUGACAGUGGCAUUAUGAUAUUAAGAACUGGAACGGCUCAACUAAUGUUUCGUGGAGCAAACUAACACCAUUGUCAUGUCAAAUCAUUGGGCAAGGAAGAUAGAUAUUGUUGUUCAUCGCAGAUUGUAGGUAAAUGUUACAACCCACGUUGUUGUUAUUGUUGGCGAUUAAGUAGGAUGAUCCUGGAGUCAAGGCGAUCGGGAAUAUAUGUUUGUGUUGAUAGAGUA